GGCAGCAAAGCGGCUCCGCUAGAGGACCGAGCAGCCCAGCUUCGCGCCCCCGGACCUAUCGGUGCGCUGCCCACACCUCCAGGCGACUGGAACUGCACUACAUGAAAUAUUAAAGGAAGUUAUUCAGCCAGAAAGAAAAUGAUAUCAUGUGGAAACAGAUCUGCACAAAGAAGUGAAGUCGGCCAGACAUGCCAUUCGGGUACUGAAGUAGCUGAGAUGCGAAAAAGGCAGCAGUCACAAAAUGAGGGAACACCUGCUGUGUCUCAAGCGCCUGGAAACCAGAGGCCCAACAACACAUGUUGCUUUUGUUGGUGCUGUUGCUGCAGCUGCUCCUGCCUCACUGUUAGGAACGAAGAAAGAGGGGAAAAUGCAGGAAGACCCACACAUACCACAAAAAUGGAGAGUAUUCAAGUCCUAGAGGAAUGCCAAAACCCCACUACAGAUGAAGUCUUGUCCUGGUCUCAAAAUUUUGACAAGAUGAUGAAGGCCCCAGCAGGAAGGAACCUUUUCAGAGAGUUCCUCCGAACAGAAUACAGUGAAGAGAACCUACUUUUCUGGCUUGCUUGUGAAGACCUAAAGAAAGAACAGAACAAAAAAGUCAUUGAAGAAAAGGCUAGAAUGAUAUAUGAAGAUUACAUUUCUAUCCUAUCACCAAAAGAGGUCAGUCUCGAUUCUCGAGUUAGAGAGGUGAUCAAUAGAAAUCUGUUGGAUCCUAAUCCUCACAUGUAUGAAGAUGCCCAACUUCAGAUAUAUACCUUAAUGCACAGAGAUUCUUUCCCAAGGUUUUUGAACUCUCAAAUUUAUAAGUCAUUUGUUGAAAGUACUGCCAGCUCUACUUCUGAAUCUUAAUUUUCAUUAAAACGAAAAAUCAUUUUGGAGGGGUGGGAUGGGAAAUGAAAGUAGUUAAAUAACACCGCAAACUGAGUUCCUGGAGAACUACAGUUUAGCAUUCCUCAGGCUACUGUGAAAAUACAACCAUAUGGUCUUUGUCUCCAUUUUUAUCAAGGUUAUCCAUGGUUAAGUUUGGAGAAAAUACCACGUAAAACAAUGAAUUGCCAAAUCGUUUGAUUCAACACUCAUUCUACUUGCAAGCGAACUGUAUCUGUAGUCCUGUGAAUGGUCUCCUAGUGUCUCUCCAGAGACUGCAUGUGCAAAGUAAAAGUGCUUCAUUCGCCACAUAAUUGUUGUAAUAUUUAAUCCAAUGGCAUAACUUAUAUCUGUAUUUAAUGACUUUUGUGCAAUAUGGUCUUAUAGAAAUAAUUGCCAAAAAAUUGGCUGUGGUUUGCAUUUUUAAAUAUAAUCUAAGACAGAAAAAGCCAAUUUUUACAUUGUCACAAUGGUAUUCAACAUGCUAUAUACUGUGUUUAGUACACUAAUUUCGAAGCCAAUAUUUCUGUACCUGAAAAAAGAGCUAUUUAUCUCUGUUUGUUGGAAAAUCCUAAUGGGGAUUCCUCUGGUUGUUCACUGCCAAAACUGUGGCAUUUUCAUUACAGAAAAGUUUGCUAUGUAAAAAAAUAAGAAGAAGAAAAGAGAAAAAAAAGCACAAAACAAUUUGAAGAUAUUCUAUCUCAAUGACAAAUCAAAGAGUGAUAUUGUUUUUAAUUGUAAUAGAAGAAAAUGAAUCUAUGUAUAUAUCACAUGUCCAAUACUGUAAUUAAUUUAUUAAAGACUGGCUCUCCAGUUCUAAAAUGGUUGUGUAAAGUAUGUACUUUAGCGAGAAAAAAAUAAUAAGUUUGAUAACUUAGUUUUGGAAUAUAAAGAAAGGAUUUAAUAAAGGAAUGCCUACAUGUAGCAUCAUAAAACAUUUUGAUGAACAGCAUCUGUCCUGCGGCAUAUUUUCCUUGUAUGUGAAAUCCAAUGAAAAGCUAAGUUUUUAACCAAGAAAAGUUUUAUAAGGGUUAUGAAGAAGAUAAUUCUCUACUUCAGACCUUAACUGUUUUCACAUAGUAUCUUAAGAAUGAUUUUAUUUUAAAAAUGUUGAAACCAAACAAUUAAUUCUCAUCCAUAAUUGAAAGGCAGUACAGUGCUCAAAUCUUCUAGCUGCCAUAUUAUUUUUUAUAAGUACCACUAAAUCUUUAAGACAAAAUGCUUGCCAGACAUCGGCAUGUAUUUUUGACAUUCAAGAAAACAGUAUCCUAUUGUGCGCACAUGCACACACACACACACACACACAAAAGUCAGUGUCAUAUUUAUAUCAAGGUGUUACAUUUGAAUAUUAAUAUCCCCUGGAGGCUAUUUUUUUAAUCUUAAACUUAAUAAAUAUAAUAUUGAGUAAUCUAAAAUGAAAGUUUUAAA